AGGGGGGGGCGCGUGCCGCCGCCAUCAUGCAGCGCCGGGUGUUCGUGGUGGGCGUCGGUAUGACCAAGUUCACAAAGCCUGAUGAGAAGAGCAUUGAUUAUCCUGACAUGGCUAAGGAGGCAGGCCAGAAGGCUUUAGCUGAUGCUGGGAUUUCUUAUUCAGAGGUGGAGCAGGCAUGUGUGGGUUAUGUUUAUGGUGACUCAACCUCUGGACAAAGGGCUAUCUAUCACGGUUUGGGUUUAACUGGCAUUCCUAUCACUAAUGUUAACAACAAUUGUGCUACUGGAUCAACUGCUUUGUUCAUGGCCAGACAACUAGUAGAAGGAGGUUUGGCAAACUGCGUUCUGGCACUUGGCUUUGAGAGGAUGGCAAAAGGAUCCCUUGCUUCAGGUGUAUUUUCAGACAGAGCUAACCCGAUUGACAAACAUUUAGAAAUUAUGAUAAAUAAAUAUGGCUUAGCAAGUGCUCCAGUAGCGCCUCAGAUGUUUGCAAAUGCUGGAAAAGAACAUAUGGAGAAAUAUGGGACAAAUCCAGAAUACUUUGCAAAAAUUGCGUGGAAGAAUCAUAGCCAUUCAACUAACAACCCGUAUUCCCAGUUCCAAAAAGAGUACACAUUAGAUGAAGUUCUGCAAUCUCGCAAAAUUUUUGAUUUCUUGACUGUCUUACAGUGUUGUCCGACAUCAAAUGGUGCUGCAGCUGCAGUUUUGGCUAGUGAGGAGUUUGUGAAAAGGCAUAAGUUGCAGUCAAAAGCUGUGGAAAUUCUAGCCCAGGUGAUGGUUACUGAUUAUCCAAGCACAUUUGAAGAAAACAGUUGUAUGAAGAUGGUUGGUUAUGAUAUGACUAAAAAAGCUGCAGAGAAAUGUUUUGAAAAAGCAGGCCUAAAACCAACAGAUGUUGAUGUGAUAGAACUUCAUGACUGUUUCUCAGUUAAUGAGUUCAUUACCUAUGAAGCUCUGGGACUCUGUCCAGAAGGAAGAGCAUGUGACCUGAUUGACAGAGGAGACAACACUUAUGGAGGAAAAUGGGUUAUUAAUCCUAGUGGUGGCUUGAUUUCAAAGGGACAUCCACUUGGUGCUACAGGCCUGGCGCAGUGCGCCGAACUCUGCUGGCAGCUGCGCGGUCUGGCCGGGAGGCGGCAGGUCCCCGGGGCAAAGGUCGCGCUGCAGCAUAACCUGGGCAUCGGCGGGGCCGCGGUGGUGACCCUCUACGGCAUGGGCUUCCCCGGAGCCGCCAGCACCGGCCGUAUUGCGGCUGUGCCUCUCAGUGCAGCUGUUGAAGGAUUUAAGUCACAUUUGGUCUUCAAAGAGAUUGAAAAGAAGCUCCAAGAGGAAGGAGAGCAAUAUGUCAAGAAAAUUGGUGGAGUCUUUGCUUUCAAAAUAAAAGAUGGUCCUGGUGGGAAAGAAGCAACUUGGAUAGUAGAUGUGAAAAAUGGUAAAGGCUCUGUAGCAGUUAAUUCAGAUAAGAAGGCGGAUUGUACAAUUACAAUGGCUGACGCUGAUCUGUUAGCUCUCAUGACUGGCAAAAUGAAUCCUCAGACAGCAUUCUUUCAAGGCAAAUUGAAGGUUUCUGGGAACAUGGGCAUGGCAAUGAAACUUCAGAAUCUACAACUUCAGCCAGGCAAAGCUAAACUUUGAGCUUAUUAAACAGUCAGUACUUGAUAUUUUUGACAAAAAAAAACAGUGAAACAGCUUCGAAGCACUCCUGGUGUUUACAGUCUUGCCCCAUCACCUUCAGGCUUCACGGCUUAAAGAAGAGGAUAUUCUAUUUAACUGUGUCACAUGGAGAGACCCUUGAAACCUUUUGGCCAUCCAUGUAUCCCUUCCUGUAUGCUGCAUUAGGAUUGUUCUGUUAAAAAGCUUUCAAGAUACAAGAGCAUUUUCAGCUUUUAUUUUUCUUUCCUCAGUUGCUUUUCUGACCAUUGCUAGUUUUGAGCUGAUGUUUUCUUAGAUCUCUUAAAACUGGGGGCUCAUUUCUUUCAUAUUAACUCAGUGCUUAUUUCUGCAAUGUGAAGCUCAAACUUUUCUUUUUAAUUAUUGUUCCAUAUGCAUCAGUUUCUUUAUACUGAAUUUCAACUGUCUGGUUUACUGUCCGGGUGCUCAGUGGUCAGACCUGCUUGCAGAUCUUGUACUCAGCCCUGGUCUUUAGUAUCUGGAUGAAUUGACUUUUAUCACCCCACCGUUUAUCUUUUCCAAGGCAUUAGUUUGAUGUUAAAAUAGGACAGAUACGGCUUUGCUCCACCGUAAACUUCUUAAUAUACAAUCUGGUCAUAUGAAUCGGGUUUCCUCUUGUGUACUUGUUCAUUGACUUAUUCAAAGGAUUGGAGCAGAUAGGAGUCAUGUCUCUCAAAUGAAGUAUUAGCUCUCUGCAAAGUGACAUUUGCUAAUGUAUCCACUGCUUUUUGUAAAUUCUUGCCAUUUGGCUUGUGGGUUAAAAUAAAGGGGAAUUACAGGAUUGCAGCAGUAAUUCUGUGCUGAAAACAAUUUGUUCCUCUGCACAGAGUUGCAUAUACACUCUUGCAUUAGCAAGCUUUGUCCUCCUUUCAAAUCACUGGUACUACCAGAAGAGCUUUGAGUAGAUGUCUGUUAUGAAAGCUAAGAACAUGCCUUUUCCAAGAAUUUUGAGCAUGGACACAGCAUAUUUCUGGCCACCCUUUAAAGAAGCAAAUUAAUUUUGAAGUGUAAACAAGCUAACAUAGA